AUGCACUAUAGGUCGCAAGCAAGAGCUUCCAUCGCUCCAGCGAUGGAGAUUAUCAGCAGCAGGAGGGGCGUGGGGUACUGCUCCAGCCUCGGCGAUCACAAUCGGCAAGAUUAUCCCCUCUUUAGCCCUGUUCUUGAUUGGCAAGAACAACAACGCGAGGAUCAGCUGGAAUUUCGAUUCUUCUCAUCCUCCUCUUGCCCCUCGGCAGCGCACGGCAAUUGCGUGGAGAUGAUAUCGGCCGACGAGAUCUUCAGCAAUGGCAGGAUGCUCCCAUGCGCUCUAGAUUCCGCCAAGAACACCAGCAACAAGAAUCUUUCCAUGGCCAUGAAGCGUCCCAAUCCACACGCAUCCACGCCGCCGCCAGCACCGCCAGCAGCGCCAAUGCCAGCAACGCCAGCCACGGCCGCGAAUCGAUCAUCGUCAUCAUCAUCCACCGCCAGCGGCAACACGAUCAGGAAGAAGAGCGCCGCGAUGGUGGCCACCGCGACGUGCUCCAGCCACUGGAAAGAAAUCUUCCAUCGACUGCGCAAUCCGGGGAGGCCGAGAUCAUCGUCGCAGUCCUCCUGCUACGAAUCGUCCGGCUCGCUCUCAUCGGACAUGGACGCAUUCCCCUCCUCGACUAGCUCCAGCAGCCGGAGGCUCCUCCUCCUCCCGGAUCACCAUGGCGAGGAUUUCUCCCUCCCUCUCACCAAGGCCACCAAGGCGAAGAAUUCUCACAAGGCCUCCUCCCAGCAGGGCAUGGAUCGUCACGACAAGAGCUCGAGCUCGAGGAUGAUGAGGGUCUCGUCGUUCGAUAGCCGAUCAUCGAGUAGAGUAUACCCAGGUGGUGGCGGCGGCGGCGGCGAUCACCAUCACUCUCAAACUUCGAGGAGAUCCUUCUCCAGGGAUCAUCACAGCAGAUCCUUGUCGUCCUUUCUCUACGAUCAGCACCAGCAGCAUCACCAGCACCACCAUCGCCACCAAUCCGUCACUCCGGUUCUCAACAUGCCCGUUUGCAUGGGCGAUUCUCUCGUCGUCUCGGCAUCGUCUUCUUCCUCGGUUGCUGUGCUGCUGGAGCUCGGCUCAUCGAUCAAUCUCCUACAUUCGAGAAGAGGUCAGUGAUUUCGCUAGAAAAGCAA